AUGACGUCGAGACAAGGUACUGCCGCUCGGUCGCAGGGUGGGAAAUCACGGGGACCGACCCAGGGGUCACGUGGAGUGACCCGCGGGUCCCGAAAUGUCGCUACCACAAGAGGGAGCCAGGCUCAAACUGCACUAGACGAGGAGGAUGAAGAAGAGGAUGGAGUCACCCAGCCGGGGACGCGUGGAGCAACAACCACCGCUGGAGGCCCCAAGAGCCUCUUUGACCCCGCCGCUCAAAGCCGGGCGCAAGGUGGUGAUGACGGAGAUGGGGUAAAAGCAGACGAUAUCUGGAAUAAGUUUGUGUCAGACGACCAGGACGUGGUGCGCGCGCCAACGGCUCAGACACGUGUAACGGGCACGCGCAGUUCACAGCGUUCUCGUGUCACCGGCUCGCAAGAGGGAUCUCAAGGGUCCAAGCGUCCUUCUGAGUUGGAGGAGGAAGAGGAGGAAUCAUCAGAGGACGAUGACCGCACAAUAUACAGCGAUUACUACCUCCCUCCAGCUUAUAUCAGAGAGGAGAUCACAGAGCCGCGUGCGGAGAUCACUGACAGCCACGAGGCGUGCAGCUGUUUCCCGAACCGCAGCGACCGGCUCCGGGGAUCCAUGUUAUACGACAAGAUCGUCUGUAAACACACCGGCCUAACCGGUCACACUCAGCCUGGCGUCUUCAAGUUUAUGCCGUUCUGGAACGAGAACAUGGAGGAGCCCCGUAAACUGCGCAAACGUGACAUGCGCAUCACUCGCACCAAGUUUGUGUUUGGAUACCCUCGGCCCCGCAUGGAACUUCUUUCUGAAAGCGAGGAGGAUGAGGAGGAAGGUGGAGAGGAGGAGGAUGAGGAGGAGGAGGAUGCGAGGAGCAGGCUGAAAACAGAGGGAGGCAAGAGCCGGAAGACGGAAACACAAAGGACCGCGAGGACUGCAAAGACGUCGAAAACGCGGGCAACCGAAGACGACAGCGAGUAUGACAGUGAAGAUGAUGAGUACGACGACGAUGAUGACGAAGAUGACGAGGAAGAUUAUAUUCCCUUUGAGCUGCCACAGAUCGGAUACCCACAUACACCUUCACUUCCGCCAAGCAGCCAGAGCUUCCGGUCAAGGUACAGCGUAUACACGCCCAGUGUGACGGACGAGCUGCCCCCUAUCUCAGGGCCCAGGACACAAACCUCUCAGACCAAGCGCACACACAAGACGCAAUUCACCGUACCAUCUCAAGGUGGACAGACGAAAAAAUCUGAGAAGACGGCCAAGGAGUCCAAGAAAGACAAGAGCAAGGGCAAAGCGGAGUCGAUAAACAGCGGAUACGACGACGACGGUCGGAGCCGACGGACGGCGGAGAGCCGACAAUCCCUUCCCGACGGUCCCGUAAUAAGCACUGCCCGCACGUUCCAGGGGAAAUUCUAUGACCCCGUAACAAAGCAAGUGAUGUUGUAUGAUAUCGGGACGUUGCCUGGCCAGCGACUUCCGGUAGGAAACAUCGAACCGAUGUUUAAGCCUCCAACAGCCCAGUCGGUAAAGCCGGCAACAAACGAUCAGACCAAACCCUCGGGCUCCAAGCCUGGUACAUCGGAGAGCAAGAAAAGUCAGGCGAGCCACCACAGCGCUCCAAAGGCGGCGGUUCUGGGCGCCGUGUUUUUAUCUAACCUUCUGUCCAAGAACAAGAAAAACAAAGAAAACUUUGAAGCCGGGUAUGACGAGGAGGAGACGCCCGCCUGAUAUUUGUCCAUCCGUGCGUCAUUGAUAUCCAUAGGAUCAUCCAUACUGAGUUCUGGCUGCCAUCACUGCAGUGCGUCGUUGUCAACUGCGCACUGGUCAGUGUGUAUGUCGGUCUGCAUAUUCGCGUCCAUCAGACCAUAAAAGUAUCACUGUCAACUGUGCACUGAUUGGAUAUUCGUGCGUUCCUAUAUUAUUGCAUGGCGCCAAAAAGACGAUCCAUGUUGUUUGCCAUCACUGUUGUUCAACGAUGUCCACAAGUCUUGAACACUACGGUCUAGUGUUUUAACUUGGCAUGUGUCUGGCCACAUGUUCGUGCGUUAGCUUCAUGUAUACCCUGUAAAUUGCGCCGCCGCAAAUAUUGCCGCGCUGAUGCAACGAGAGUGGUUCAUCUCGCCUGAAUGUCCGUACACAUAGCAUGGAAAAACUAAUUCAAAAUGUUUCUUUAUACAAGUUAAAAUUGUUUACAUGUUUAUCACAAAAUAUUAAAAAAAUAUGAAUAAAUUUAUUUGCAGGCAGUUUUCCCAAACGA